ACUGGAUCCUGCAACAGGUACAAUGUUUGAACGUUAGAAAUUUACUGCAUAACAAUAAAAUGUGCUAAAAAUGUUAGGUGACCCUGCUAUGUAUGAGGACUCAUUAUAUAAUCAGCACACAGGAAAUUUUAUGUACAAACUAAUACUUUGUGACAAUGACAGAUAUUUAUCAAAAACCACAAUAAAGCUGUAAUUUUAGAUGAGAAAUUGCCAAAUGGCGAGCAUCAGAAUGCUGUCUUGACAGGGUUAAAUUUCUUAGGAAAUGAGCUUUAGUUACAGUACACAGAGGUGCUUUUUCCGGAUUCUUCUUGCCGCCAGCUGUCUGCCCCAUAAUGCCACUGAAGGGCCUGUUAGUGCCUCACCAUGGUGAUACAAAGAGGUGCAUUAACUCUACUGAGCCACUACACCUGUUUAAUCUCUUUUACCGUCGUUCUAGCGUAACUGUCACCGGAGCCUGUUAUGUAUCAUGUGGACCUGCUGUGUGUGAAUUUCCCUGCAGGGAUUAAUAAAGUAUUAUCCUAUACUACCUUUAAAACAUUUAUAAAACCCAAGUAUGAUUACCUUCCCGAAGCAUGUGCGUUUUGUUUGGUGAAGGAUUGAGGAUGAGGACGGUCUGUGUACUCGGUCUGAUGCUGGUUGGGCUACAACUCGCCACUGGGACUUUACUGAUCGGUGCCUUCAACAUACAAACGCUCGGACCAUCAAAAAUGUCAAAACCCGUUGUUGUUCAGAUCAUUGUGAACAUAAUCCGCAGGUAUGAUGUUCUGGUGGUUCAAGAGGUGAGAGACAAAGAUGAAUCUGUGACAAAUGAACUGAUGAACAAAGUGAACGAGGGGUUGACUGAUCCAUAUUACUACACAGUCAGCGAAGCCUUGGGCAUGUCUUCUUAUAAGGAGAGGUAUCUCUUUAUCUACAGAAGUAGCAAAGUUACCGUAAUCCAGCAUAAACAGUAUCCCUAUGGCAGCGGGAAUGAUGCCUUCAGCCGCCCACCCUACGCGGUCAAAUUCUCCAAUAUUCGUUCAGCUACAGCUGCAACCGAAUUUGUGCUCGUUCCCCAACACACGUCGCCCUCGAAAGCUGUGGAGGAAAUAAAUGCCCUGUAUUACAUAUUCCCGAACGUACAAACUUCGUUCAGCACCAACACGAUCCUGCUCUUAGGAGAUUUCAACGCCGGCUGUAGUUAUGUCACCACAACAGACUGGCCAAAAAUCUUGCUGCAUGCAGACCCCACUUUCACUUGGCUGAUCCCUGACUCUGCAGACACCACGGUAUCAGACACAGUCUGCCCGUAUGACCGAAUCGUGGCAACAGCGACCAUGAUGAAGUACGUGGAUCCUCACUCAGCACAAGUCUUUAACUUCAGGGCAGCAUACGGUCUAGACCAAAGUCUGGUAAGAACGUUCAAACUUUCAACUUGCGUUCCGGGGGGAAGGGGGGAGAGAAAAAAAAAAAAACCUCACUUGGUUAAGUGAAACCAGUAAAGAUGAUAUUGUACCAUGGUAAAUUUCCAGCACCACUCACAGCAUCACUCCUUCUUCCAGGCCCUGGAAGUCAGUGACCACUUUCCUGUUGAAGUGAAGCUCACCAUUUGACAAUGGAAUUCCUUUUUCUGUCUACGAAAACAACUGAUCAAUAUGAGAAUAAACAUUUUAAUCAUCUAUAGAGACGUACUCAAA